AUGGAUUUGGCAAAAGUGUGUAUAAAAUCGACCUUCUUUGCAUUCCGGGACCAAUUCUACGAACAGACGGAGGGAGCAGCAAUGGGUUCACCGUUAUAUCCGGUCCUGGCCAAUAUAUACAUGGAAGCCUUUGAGAAGAAAGCUCUGGAAUCCACAACGUUGAAGCCUAAGUGCUGGUACCUAUAUGUUGACGACACCUUCAUCAUCUGGCCCCACGGACGCAACACCGUAGCGGAUUUCCUGGAUCACAUCAAUGGGAUACAUCCAGAUAUCCAGUUUACCAUGGAAGUAGAGAAAAAUGCCGCCCUUCCCUUCUUGGAUGUUUUGGUUGAGAGGAAACCAGACGGCACUUUAGGACAUCAAGUACAUAUACGGGAAGCCAAAUCACACAGACAGAUAUUUGAAUGCGGAGUCCCACCAUCACCCAGCCCAGAAACAGAGGAGCCAAGACAUGUAGCUGAAGAACUAGAACACCUAUGCACGGCCCUCAGAGGUAAUGGCUACACGGCGAGAAAUAUCGAACGAGCUAUCAGGAGACAUACGCCCAUGGAGAAACGGGAGUGCAACAACUAUACGACCAGCUCCAAGGCCCCGGUGUGUACAGUAUUCCUUGUUCUUGCGGAAAGGUCUACAUAG